AUGCUGAGGCAGGCCACCGCUCGCACCGCUCCCCUGUUCGCCGUACGCGGCACCGUCACAGGCCUUCAGGUCCUCAGCCGCUCGCCGGUGGCGCUGGCGACUCGCACCCUCGCCACCCUCCCCUCCGAUGCCUCGACGGAGGCCAAGCCCAACAGGCCUCUUUCGCCCCACGUCUCCAUCUACAGGUUCCCUCUGCCCGCCUUGACCUCGAUCACCAACCGCGCCACUGGUGGUGCCCUCACCGCCGGUAUCUACACUGCUGGUGCCCUCGCUCUCUUCGGUGCUCACGAUCUUCCCGUCUACAUCGACGCCUUCAAGGCUGCCGUGCCCCUCCUUGUCUACCCCACCAAGCUCCUCGUCUCUUUCCCCUUCGUCUACCACACGCUGGCCGGCAUCAGGCACUUGUACUGGGACUACACGGCCAAGGGACUCACCCUCCCCGAGGUCUACACCUCGAGCUACGCGCUCAUGGGCGCCACGGCUCUGCUCACCCUCGGCCUCACCUUCUACUCGAUCUGA